UUUGGCACAGGCAGAGUGGUGGGUAGCUCUACCAGUGGCUUUUAGACUUGCCUGUGAAUAUCCUGGUGUUUCUGUUCUCUGUCCCGUGGCUAGCUGAGUUUACAAUCUAGUGUGGCACACAGCCCCCUGUUUAUGAACUGACAUGUACCACCUUCAAGCAGUUUAUAUUGGCUUUGUCCCUACUCCAAGCUCCAAACUGUUCCCGUUGUCAGACUACAUUUAUUCACAAGCAGAAUGACUGCCAUUGGCAUGAUGAAACUUUUAUGUCACACAACCAGAAGUGAGAACAGGUAUGUGAAAAGAUUCUUUGGCACUCUUCUGACGCAAACGCCACAAAAGAGGGCCAUUUCUCCAUUCUGGAUGGUGGUACCUGACCCUAGAAAGUCAUCUUUGUUUGGACUUACUCAAGCAUUUUGUACAGCUGAAAAAUCUCAAAUGUCACCAAAAACCAAAACACAGUUUGGAAGUGUUGGACGAAAAAUUCCCCAUCGGAUUGUGCAUGUCAUCAACCAGGACGGAGAGAGCUUAGGACACAUGCACCGAGCAGAGGCACUCCAACUUAUGGAUCAGCAUAACCUGAAACUAGUUCUUCUUCGUGAGAAUGCAGAACCUCCUGUAUACAGACUCAUGACUGGGCAGCAGAUUCACGAAGAACAGCUUAAACGUGCAGAGAAGAAAAAGGCAAGUCCAAAACCAGGGGUAGUUCAGAAGGAGUUAUCCUUUUCUUCAACUAUUGCCAAGAAUGACUUUGAGACCAAGACUAAACAGAUAGCACAGUGGAUUGAAAAGAAAUACCAUGUGAAAGUUACCAUCCGGCAAGCAAAAGAUAGCAAGACAGAUGUGUCCCUGCUUUUUGAUCAAAUGUUGGAAACUGUAUCUGAGAAAGCCACUUACCUUUCCAAGCCAAAAGUUACUAGAGAAGGAGUAAGUACCUGUAUUUUGAGACACAUGUCUGACAAAGAGUUGAAAGCAUACCAGAAAAUGGAUAAACAGAAGAACAGCACAGAAGAGAAAAAUGCAAGUGAAGACCCAAAGUCAAAUGAUUUGAAUCAGUGACUUUAUGAAGAGUGUAAACAAUAUUAAUUACUUAUGUAAAAAAACAACCAAACAACCCCAAAUAAAGCCAAACCCAUAAUACUAUAAA